GCUCGAGCAUUUGGCCAAAGGAAUGCUUGUCAGGGGCGCUCCCUUUCUUACAUCCCACCCUGCCAUUUGCGCGUCCUGUGCCGCGCCCCUUCCGCGCCCCGAACGCCGACGCCCCGCCGCUUUCGCCGCUUCCGCCGCUUCCGCCGUCGCGCUCGCCGGGGCGCGGCGCGCGGAGCGGACGGCGCGGUGCGCGGGACAGGCCAUGAGUUGCGGCGCGUCGGUGUUUAUCGCCACCAGCCUCGACGGCUUCAUCGCCAAGACGGACGGCUCGGUGGACUGGCUGCCGCCCGCCAGAGGAACGAGUUCAGCGCCACGCUGCCGGAGGGGGAGGACGGAGGCUUCGGCGAGUUCAUGGCAUCGGUGGAUGGCCUGGUGAUGGGACGGAAGACCUUCGAGUCCGUGCGGGAUAUGGAGGGCGUGCCCUGGCCGUAUGGUGACACCCCCGUGUGGGUGCUGACCCGUUCGGGCGUGGAAGUGCCCGAGCGGCUGAAGGGCAAGGUGCGGACCACCUGCGGCACACCGCAGGAGAUCUUGGAGCAGCUGGCGAAGAGCGGGUGCAAAGAGGUCUACGUCGACGGUGGGGAGACCAUCCGGGACUUCCUGGGCGCCAAAGCCUUGAGGCGGAUCAUCCUGAGCCGCAUCCCAGUGACCCUGGGCGAAGGCCGACCCCUCUUCAGCGCAGAACAGGAGGCCCAGCUGACGGAAGUGAGCCGCAAGACGUUGCCAGGCGGCAUUGUGCAGGUCACCUGCACCAUGUGAGCCGCUUGGGAAUUUCUUAAUUUGGGGCUGUCCUUCUUUCAGCUCUAGGGGUGGACCCCCUUGAAAACAUUGGAAAACCAUCCCCCGCAAAGGCAGGGGGUUUUCCUCCCCUAGCCGCACAUCCCGACCUGGCUGGCCGCGUUCCCCUUCCCGAAACGUCUGGAUUUGACCUGGAACUUGCCUGAGAUGGCGGUCACGUGAAGCUUUCGCUU